CUCCUCCUCCUGCUGCUGGUCAGUGAGUUUCAUCUUCAGGGUUUCAGAGGAAAAGUUCAUGAGCUGCUGAAAGAAAGAAAAACUUAUAAACAGACAUGUAAACAGGUAGACGUGGAAACGUCAUGUCCAGCCUGACAUCCUCUGGUUCAGGAUGACUUCCUGUCUCUUGGGGAUCUUCUUCCUGUCACUGGUGUCCAUCAUGGCUGCUGCUGAACCUGCUGGAUGUAAAAUCCGGAUCACAGACAAAGCACUGGACAUGUUGAAGUUGGAGACUCAGAAGUUUGUUGAAGAAGAGCUCAGUAACAUCAGUAUUCCGGAGAUGCAGGGCCAAAACGGAAGCUUCCAGUACACCCUCACAGAUGUGAAGAUAAGAGAGUUGAAUUUAACUCACGUUGACCUGAGGUUCAUCCCUGAUGUGGGUUUGUUGUUCGAUGUUCAGAACUCCUCCAUCUCCCUGAGUUUCUACCGGCGGAUCCUCUACUGGUUCUUCUAUGACACAGGAAACGUCAACGCCUCGGCUGAAGGCGUGAACAUCAACACGGCCGUAAACCUGAUCAGAGACAACGAAGGACGACUGAAGAUCAAUAACAUCACCUGUGAUGCCAGAAUCAAAAGAAUGAGGGCAGAGUUCAGCGGGACGCUGGGGAGAGUUUACGACUAUCUGUCCAGAUUACUAACAACAGGCAUGCGCUUGUUUCUCAACCGACAGAUCUGUCCAGCUUUGAAUCACGCUGCUCUGGUUCACGUCAACUCCAUGCUGGAAACCAUUCCUGUGAGGACUGAGAUGGAUUAUUACGUCGGGAUUGAUUACUCCCUGAUCGAUGAUCCCGUGGUGACCUCCAGGAGCCUCGACAUGCACUUCAGGGGAAUGUUCUUUGACCUUUCGCAUCCCAACCUAACUCUGGUAAACUACGCUGUGGAGCCGGUGAUCAGGGAGUACGAUCGGAUGGUGUAUCUGGCUCUGUCCGAGUUCUUCUUCGACAGCGGCUUGUUCUCCUAUUACAGUGCUGGAAUUUUCCAAAUGCACAUAGUCAACGAGAAGAUGCCCAAAGAUCUGGAAAUGUUGCUGAGGACCACCUACUUCGGAGCCAUCAUGAUGCUGAACCCAGCUCUGGUGGACGCUCCGCUGUCUCUGCAGCUCGCCGUCAACUCGCCUCCCAAAACAUCUAUUAAAACAUCUGGAGCCACAAUUGUCAUGACAGCCCUCGUCAAGGUGAUGGUGCUGCCUCCGGGUCAGGCGCCGGUCCAACUCAGCAGCAUGACGAUGGAAACUAAGUUUAACGCGAAAGUUUCCAUGAGAGGAAAACGUCUGGCUGUCCACGCUGAUCUACGUAGGUUUAAGAUCUUCUCCAACCUGUCAGCGCUGGAGUCUCUGGCACUGAUUCCUCUGCAGCCUCCUCUGAAGACGAUGCUGCAGAUGUCUGUGGUUCCUCUGAUCAACAAUUGGACCAAGAGAGGAGUCCGGCUUCCUCUGGCUGAUGGGAUGGACAUCAUAGAGGAAGUGGUGGAGUACCACAAUGGUUUCAUCGUGAUCGGAGCCAAUCUGCAGUUCAGCAAAGGGCUGCGAGACAUGAUCGGGGGGAGUUCUGACUGAGACUCACGCCACAGAGAUCUAAGGGUCACCAUGCAGAAUGUACACAACAUUAUGACCACCCGCUGCGUCUUUUAUACUGGGUUAUGAUGGGGGAGGCUGGAGGGGGCAGGGACUGUAUGGCUCCGCCCAUCAUCAGAGUAAUUACAACCACAUGAAGUUCUGCUGUCACUCCUGCAUGCUGACAUGUUUAUUAACACAAUCCACUAAGACUAGGAUGAACCGUGGAAGGAAAACAUCUCAUCGUGUCAGUGGUCAUAAUGUUGUGGCUGAUGUGUUUGCAUAGAAAUAUGUAAACAUGAAAACAGCGUUAACACAAAUAUUAGUUAAAGUAUACACAACUAAAUUAAAACUGAACACGAUUAUCACACACGCGCACGCACGCACGCACGCACACACACACACACACACACACGCACACGCACACACACACACACACACACACACACACACACACACAACAGCAGGAUACACGUGCACUAAUGCUCGUGGACCUAACACACUUGUGUCUGUAACAACAGCAACAUGCUGCACCAUGAGAAGGUCAGAGGUCAGGGGGCAUUUUCAGUCGUAAUUAUGAGACACAGUCAUGAUUGUGUUUUUUAACGUUUCAGAUUUGUUUGCUGCUGCUGAAAUAAACAAUGUUUUAGACAAACGUUAAC